GAACAAAUAGAAAUUUUUUGUGGCAAAGUGGGAAAGGAAGAUAAGAAAAAGCUCAGAUACCCCUAUAAUUAGUCUAUUGAACAAUUGGUCAACCCACACCCCCACACAAUACGCGUACUAUUCAAUUCGAAUCCUCUGUUCCAAGUCUCUUUUGCAAGACUCUUUAAUUCCACAAGACCCACAACAACAAAAGCUCCACUCUCUUUUUAUCUCUCUGUUUUUGCCCAAAAUUGGUUUGGAGAAUUCAAUCCAAUCCAAUCCUUCAAUGGCGAUGAAGAUGAAGGUACCCAUAUUUCUUUAUUCAUUUGUACCAUUUCUAGUUCUGCUUUCCCAUUUGGGCUUGUCACAGGGCCAACAAUCUUAUGUCAACAACAAACAGCUUGACUGUGAACGAAACUACACGGUCACCGAAGGCUAUGUCUGCAAUGGUCCACUCCCCUCCUGCAAUUCUUACCUCACUUUCCGGUCAAACCCAACCUACAGCUCCCCUGCCACCAUCGGCUACCUCCUCUCCGCCCAACCCGCCGAAAUCGCCCGAAUCAACAACGUCUCCGAUGUCCACACCUUCCCCACCGACACCAUCGUCGUCGUCCCCGUUAAUUGCUCCUGCACCGGCGGCGAAUACUACCAGCACAACGCCACCUACGUCUUGAAGACAACGGGCGAGACCUAUUUCUCCGUAGUCAACAACACCUAUCAGGGUCUCUCCACUUGCCAGGCCCUGAUUGCUCAAAACCCAUACAAUUUUCGAGAUCUGCAAGUGGAUAUGAGACUCAAUAUUCCUCUCAGAUGUGCUUGUCCCUCUUCGAAUCAGACCUCCAAUGGCGUCAAGUACCUUCUCACUUAUCUGGUCACUAGGGGAGAUGACCUUCCUUCCAUUGGAGACAUUUUUGGUGUUGACAAUCUGAGCAUAUCUGAUGCUAACCAACUAUCUGGACUCAUUUUCCCUUUUACUCCGCUUCUCGUUCCGCUUAAAACCGAACCCAUUAGGAUCAACACCACCGCCGUCUCUCUGACGCCACCUCCGCCUCCGUCGUUGCCCACCGUCCCCGUUGACGACAGCAACAGUUCUUCCUCCCACAAGUGGGUGUACGUAGGCGUUGGAGCUGGGUCUUCUCUCAUCGUGAUUAUCAUCCUGUGUGUAUUUUUGGUAUGGGUCUUUCGUAGGAGGAGGUCUCAACAAAGCAAGCCAAUUCCAGUUCCAAUUCGACCGGGUGGUGGUAGGAAGCUUGAUGAGUCUGCUGAUUGCACAGCUCUGCCGGACACCAAAUCAUGGUCUGUCUCGUCGGAAGGAAUUCGAUCCGCUGUUGAAUCCCUGACUGUGUACAAGUUUGAGGAUUUGCAGAAGGCCACUGGAUUCUUCAACGAAGAAAACAGAAUCAAGGGCUCUGUAUACCAGGGUUCUUUCAAAGGGGAUGAUGCUGCAGUGAAGAUCAUAAAAGGGGAUGUGUUUCGGGAGAUCAAUAUACUGAAACAGAUCAAUCAUUUCAACAUAAUCAGACUCUCCGGUUUCUGUGUGCGUGAGGGUAACACCUACCUUGUUUAUGAGUAUGCUGAGAAAGGGUCACUAUCAGAUUGGCUUCAUUUCAAAGGGUAUCAAACUUCUACUACUAGUCUAAGCUGGAAGGAGAGGGUUCAGAUUGCCUACGACGUCGCGGAUGCUCUGAAUUACCUCCAUAACUACACCAAUCCGCCUUAUGUUCAUAAGAACUUGAAGACCAGUAACAUACUUCUUGAUGGUAAUUUGAGAGCCAAGGUUGCGAAUUUCGGGUUGGCAAGGACUCUGGAGAAUGAGGACCAAGGAGGGCUGCAAUUGACUAGGCAUGUGGUUGGAACUUAUGGGUACAUGGCUCCUGAGUACAUUGAGAAUGGAUUGGUUACUCCGAAACUAGAUGUGUUCGCAUUUGGUGUGGUGGUGUUGGAGCUCUUGUCAGGAAAGGAGGCUAAUGGCGGUGGCGGUGGCGGUGGCGGUGGCGACAAGAAUGAGGAGGAGUUGCUAUCUGUGACCAUAAACCAGGUGCUGGGAGAGCCGAAUGUGACAGACAAGUUGCGAGGUUUCAUUGAUCCUUGCCUAAAAAGGGAGUACCCACUGGACUUGGCAUACUCCAUUGCCGAGCUAGCUAAGAACUGCGUGGCUCAUGAUCUCAAUUCUCGCCCAACCAUAGCCGAUGUUUUCAUGACCCUGUCAAAGAUUCAGUCAUCUUCACUGGAUUGGGAUCCGUCCGACGAACUCGAUCACUCCAGAUCACUAGGCCGUGGCAGAUAAGAAGUCAACUGCUAUCAAUGAAGGAGAAUGAAUACGGUAUAUUGUAAUAAUAGUGCUAUCGGUGGCUGCUGUUUGUCCAGCCCAUGUUAUUAUAGUAUAAUAGAGCAUAGAAUUUCAUGUUUGUCUUCUUUCAUAUAUGAUGAUGUAUAAGCAUUUGAAAACUGUUGCUUCAGUUAGCCCAAUAAUCAAGCUUCAAUCUCAUCCCUGUAAAACCUAAAGAUCAAAUGAUUUCUCAAGGUUUAUCUA